CAAAGCACAAAUCCGUUAUCUAUUUGGUAAUUUGAUAGGGUGCACAGUUCGGAGAACGUUGCUGGCUCGACGGCAGCUGAUUGUCAUGAUCGUAGCUGGAGGUAGGGCUGCCUAUUUGGUCCGGGUUUUUGAUUUUACUCAAAACCGGAUCGUAUAAUCUGGACCGGGACCGGAUAGCAAACAAUUGAAUCGAAUCCAAUCCAAUCCAAUAUUUGGGCCUAGAUUUGAGGUAAAAAAUUGUUUGGGACCGGACCGAAAACCGGAAAAAGACCGGAUAAGAGAGCCCAACACCUAAAAUUUAACCUUCUAACCAUUUCAGGCCUUAGGCCACUCAAAUCCCCCCUCAUGCCACUCAAAUCGCCACAAACUCAGUCUAAAAUCAAGACUGAAUUGGGAUCGAACCGGUUCAAGACCGGACCAAACCAAGACUGGACUAUAUCCAAUCCAAUCUUUGGUCCUUAUGUUCUCGAAAAACCGGACCGAGACCAGAUCAAUUAGGGCCAAUUUAAUCACAGAACCAAGCCUUUAUUCAUCGUUACACCUGCAUUUAUAUUAAUUACCUCUAUCCCACUCUAUCUUUUGCUGUGAAGAGUGAGAAACAAGGUUGUCAAACCGGUUUAUGCCAGUGUGUCGGUUUAGCAAGUGGAAUGGUUCGAUCGGUGGCACAUACCGGUUUGUGCCGGUUCAUGCCGGUCAAUAUUACAAAUAAAAUUAUAAAUCCUCAUAUUUAAACAUGACGGUUAGCGUCAAUACCUAAAUAUUUAUACUUGAAUCCAACAAAUAACAUCAAUAUUUAAGUUUUAUACUCAUAAAAUAAAUAGUGAAAUAAUUUUUAUCAAUUAAAUUCGCUAAAAUAAGGUCAUUUUAUUUAGAGAUUCGUAUAUCGAUCAUGCCGGUCAUACCGGUAGUGUCACGCCGGUUUUAUGACCGGUAUUGGUUGAACCUGAUACAACCGGUGGCACGCCAACCGGCGUGACAACCAUGGUGAGAAGUGAAUGAAAUGAGGGAGAGGGUUUUGGUAUUUAUAGUCAAAUGAAGAAGGGCAAAAUGGGAUUUGUCAAAAGAGGACUUUCGGAUAUGUCCAGUAACUUUCAAUUAUCAAGGGAUGAAAGUUACUGGGUAGUCAUGCUAUUUCAUUCCUUAAUGAGAUUUAAUAUGCCCAGUAACUUUCAAUUAUCUGGGAUGAGAUAGCAUGACUACCCCUAAAAGGAUUGGAAAAAUGACACCCCCUAUUAAUUAUAGACUUUUAAGGUAAUUGAUUUGUGUUGCAUUUAAUAAUUUAUCUAAAUUAAAAACUCAUAUUAAUUACUUUCCCUUUUUAGUGCAAUGGUAGUUCUACCACUACAAUGAUAUCAGUGUACAGAUGCAAUUAUAACUUUCAAUUAAUGAGAUUUAAUAUGGCCAGUAACUUUCAAUUACCUGGGAUGAGAUAGCAUGACUACCCCUAAAAGGGUUGGAAAAAUGACACCCCCUAUUAAUUAUAGACUUUUAAGCUAAUUGAUUUGUGUUGCAUUUAAUAAUUUAUCUAAAUUAAAAACUCAUAUUAAUUACUUUCCUUUUUCAGUGCAAUGGUAGUUCUACCACUACUAGGGGUGGGCACGUGGAUGCUUAAUCCGCAGAUUGAUAUUGAUCCACCCGCAAAUAACCCGACCCACAUGCAAUGGGUGAUUGAUGUGGGUGGAUUGUGGAUUGUUAAAUCUCCCACCCGCACUUAUGUGGGUGGGUGGUGGGUGGAUUGCGGGUCACCCGUAUGACCCGCAUCCUAUUUUUACAUGGAAAAAUGUUGUUUCUUAUAGUAUCGAAUAUUCAUCAUAUUUUUGAACUGCACUACAGUCUGACCAUAUACUGCAAAAGGUGAAGAAUAAAGAAUAGUUUUGACUACUAUUAUUGGUUAUUGUGUUGUGCAAUAUCCAUUGGAAAUAGAUAUUGGUAUGCAAAUUAUUGUUAAUAUCCAUUAAAUAUUGGGAUACAAACUAUAAAUUAUUAAUUGUAUCAAAACCACAAAUUAUUGAUACAAUCUUGCUAAUUUGCUAUGAACUUAUUAUAAAUGUUAGUCAAUAUUUUUUAAUGGCUAGUUGGAGAAUUGCUUUUGCGGGUUAACCCGCGACCCAACCGCAUCCAUCCGCCACCCAUCCAACCCAACCCGCAUAAGUAUGUGGGUGGAUUGUGGGUCACAUAUAUUCCAACCCGGUAGUAAGCGGGUGGGUCAAUUUUAGAUCAAAAUACACCCAACCCGCCCAUUGCCCACCCCUAACCACUACAAUGAUAUCAGUGUACAGAUGCAAAUGUAGUUGUAUUAGUGCAAUGAUACUUCAAAAAAAGGAAUGUAAUUAAUAUGACUUUAGUGUACAAGUGCAAUGAUAAUUGUAUGAUAUCAGUGCAAUGGUAGUUAAAAAAAAGGAAUGCAAUUGAUAUGAGUUUUUAAUUCUCAGAGAUUAUUAAAUGCAACACGAAUUUAAUACCAUAAUUAACUAUAAUUAAUAGGGGGUGUCAUUUUUCCAACCCCAUAGAGGGGUUAACAUGUCUACUGAUAAAAGGGUUGGAAAAAUGACACCCUCUAAUAAUUAUAGGUUCUUAAGGUAAUUAAUUUGUGUUGCAUUUAAUAAUAUGUAUGAAUUAAAAACACAUAUUAAAUACUUUCCUUUUUUCAGUGCACUAAUAGUUGUAUCAGUGCAAUGGUAUUAGUGUACAUGUGCAAUGGUAGAUGUAUCAAUGCAAUGGUAGUUCCAAAAAAGGAACGUAAUUAAUAUGUGUUCAGUAUACAUGUGCAAUGGUAGUUGUAUCAGUGCAAUGAUAGUUAAAAAAGGAAUGUAAUUAAAAUGAAGUUUUAAUUUCCAAUGAUUAUUAAAUGCAAUACGAAAUUAAUACAAAAAUAACUAUAAUUAAUAGGAGUAUCAUUUUUCUAACCCCUUAGAAGUGUUAGCAUGCUAACCGAUCCCCAAUUACCCCUAACCAACCACUAUCCAAAUAAAAAAACACUACAAAUGAAUUAAAGUAGCUAAAUUAGCCCGACCACUAUUCACAUGACCUCACGCAAGAACUUCAUGUUAAACUUCAUUAGUAGGCUUUGUUCUGACCAAAUCAAUUAUGGUAUGUUCGUUGUCCAAGUUUAAAGGUCAUUACAUAUAGAAAUUUACACACACACAAUGACUUACUACCUAACUGUAUGCUAAGUAUCUUUUCAAAAAAAAAACUAUUUGUUAAGUAUCAUUAGAUUUGGUUCAGUCGAGAUUGGAUGACCAUCAUUACUUGAUUUCGUUAUAGAUUUUUCUAAUUUGUGUCCAAAAAUUAGAAAAAAUUAUUCUAUAAAAAACUAUAUUUGUAUAACAAAGGUUAACGGUUAUUGAAAAGCUUAUUUCGUGUUCUAAUAUCACCAACCUUCAUUUAAAUUAAAAUAUUUUUUAAUUCUAAUUUACAUAUACAUUUUUAGAUAAACCAUAGCGAAGCGCGGACCAAUUAUCUAGUACUAACAUAUUACCGCUACCGUAUGUCAACUCUUAGCUCCCUUUCUUUCUCCUCUCUUUACUACGCAUAUCUAAACACUAUUUAGUGACAGAUAGAUAAUCAUAUGUAGGGAUGACAAUUUCGAUUUGACCUGAUUUACCCGACCUGUUUGGCCUGUUUUGAGGCGGGUCAGACCCGCCUCGUAGGCGGGGCGGGGCGGGCAUGUGUACCUCUUAUCAACCCGACCUGACUCGCCCCAUUCUUGAUCUGUUCUUGCCUAAAUUACAUAUGAUCUUAGUCAAAUUACUUUAAAAAUUUCUCUUAUUAGUUAUUACAUUAUAUGUUAGUUAUAAUAAAGUUGUAAAUAAGUGAAAAUUUCAAUUUCUUCAAUAAUUUAACUACAGUUUAUCAUGUUAUGGUUUCUUUCUUAGUUUUUUUUAAUGAAAAUAACGAAUAUUUCUAAUGUUUUUCACUUAAAUUACAUACUCAUUGGCUCGACCUGCCCCGACCCGCGCCCCGUGAUAAAUUACCCGAUUUGAACCCGACCUGCCAUGAGGCAGGUAUGGUUAUCGAGAUACCCGCCCCGAACUUGCCAUUCCGCAUCCAGUACCAUUUUAAAGUUGCCCAACUUCUUUGGAGCAAUCGAGAGAAUCAUAUGUUAUCCGCCCAUCUUCCAUCACAAUCAAUCCCACUACUGGCCGGAAUCAGUUCCCUUCCCCCUGUUUCUCAACAUGCAUGCUCCCCAGAUUCUCCGCCGGCCAACAGCGAAUCCUAUACAUCGUCGUCAUCAGUUUUCGAAUAUCAAUACUUCAUUCACUCUGACGUUAUAUCGAGCUUUAUACGAUCGGAUCCUUCAUGCUGUCACCGUAUAUAUUUCGUCCGGAUUCCCUCCCGCCCACCUUUGCCGCACUAUAAAUAUCCCAACACCAUUAACGGGAGCUAAUCAACGCACAAAUCAAAUCCGUUAGCUAUUUGGUGGUUUGAUAUAUAGGACGUUCACAAUGGAGAACGUUGCAGCAGGCUCGACGACAGCUGAUGAUCAUGAUCGAGGCAGCAGCUGGUGGUGUUGCUUCUCUCGACGUAUCAAUCAGGUGAUCACCAGCAGAGACGUGACGGCAGCCAAUCCCCACGGCGGCGGCGGCGGGCGUAAGAUGGUGAGCACUAAAACUAGUGUGGAACGAGGUGGUGGGUGCGAUGUGUGUGUGGAGAACGAUGAUGUGUGCCAGUGUGAUCAUCAAAGUGGCGACGAUGGCCAACACCGUCUACAUGAGCAGCCCAAUGGCUCUUUUGCUCAUGCUGUGAUCAAUAUGAUUGGAAUGCUCAUAGGACUAGGACAACUAUCAACUCCAUACGCCCUGGAAAACGGCGGUUGGGCGUCGAUAUUCCUCCUCCUAGCCCUCGGACUCAUCUGUACCUACACCUCCCACCUCCUCGGAAAAUGCCUCCACAAGUCCCCCAAGUCCCUGAGCUAUGUUGACAUCGGCCACCACGCCUUCGGAUCCAAGGGCAAACUCCUAGCCUCCACCUUCAUCUACCUCGAGAUUUUCAUGGCGCUCGUCUCCUACACCAUCUCCCUCCACGACAACCUCGCCACCGUCUUUACUGGGACCCACAUCCCGGCCACCGGUGUCAUGUCUACCUCACAACUUCUCACCCUGGUUGCUGUCCUGGUAGCUCUACCCAGCUUGUGGAUAAGAAACUUGUCUUCCAUCUCGUUCUUAUCCUCUGGCGGAAUACUGAUGUCUGGUGUCAUCUUUAGUUGUGUUGUCUUCACGGCGGCGUUCGGAGGCGUGAAGCCUGAUAACAACAUAUCGGUGAUUAGGGCAAGGAAUAUUCCUUCGAUUUCAGGGUUGUACGUCUUUAGUUACGGUGGUCACAUUGUCUUCCCUGACUUGUACAAGUCCAUGAAAGAUCCUUCCAAGUUCACCAAGGUAUCAAUAGUCAGUUUUGCAGCUGUCACCGGACUUUAUACGUCCAUGGCCUUCUUGGGAGCCAAGAUGUUCGGGCCAGGAGUGAGCUCGCAAAUCACCCUUAGCCUCCCGCCACGCCUCAUCUUCACGAGAGUGGCCUUAUGGGCCACCGUGAUCACCCCCAUGACCAAGUACGCUCUCGAGUUCGCGCCCUUUGCCAUCCAGGUCGAGCGCACGUUGCCGUGCUGGAUGUCACCACAGACCAAAACAAUCGUCCGCGGCACGGUGGGCUCAGUGUUGCUGCUCGUGAUCCUCACUCUUGCCCUUUUGGUGCCCUACUUCGAGCAUGUGCUCGGCCUCACGGGGUCCCUUGUGAGCACUAGUAUCUGUGUCGUAUUUCCAUGUGCAUUCUACUUGAAGAUCUCUCGUGGGGAACUGGGACGAACUGUGUUAGUUUUGAACUGGGCCCUAAUCGGGGUUGGGUGUGUUCUUGGAGCUAGCGGGACGAUUUCUUCGUCCAAGUUAUUGAUAAACAGUCUUCGAAGAGCUCAUCAUCUUCACUCCUCUUGAGGCGCAUACGAAAUUAUUUGUAUACGUUCAUAUACAUAUGAAUGAUCAUGCAUAUAACAACUAUGAUGAAGUCGUUUAUUAUAGUCUUAAUCCAAAGUAUUGAGUUUGAGAAUGUGUUAGUGGACUAACUUGUCUAAGAGUCAUAAUAACCAUCUAUAAUAACCAUCUAUAGAAGGUAGAGCUUCUCCUCAUAUUUAACGCACACAAAUCAACUCGUUGUUUAUUCCAUAGUUCAUACCAUACCAAAAUCGUAAGAAGACACAACUACACCGUAUAAUUUGAAAACAAACUCUCGCAAUAAAA